AUGGCACACUGGGAUAAUAUCAGGAACAAUACCCCAUUCACAUGGGCCGGGCAAUCGGCCGACGACCCCUUCAGCCAACAACAAUGGCCAGCAGCAGCAGCAGGCCAUGAUGGCUCUUCUGCUCAGCCCAUCGGUCCCGCCGGCCUCCUCAGCACCGACGCUCCUAGAAACGAUGAGUCCUUGAUCAAGGACUUUUACGCCGAGCUUCCAGAUUAUCUUCAUCAAGCCGGCGUCUCCGCUCUAUCGUCCACUUGGCCGCCCACCCACGCGGCAGUGGCAGACCAGAACGAUCUCCCUUUCGACCUCGCCAUUGACAAUGGCAUCGAGCUCGACGCCGCCAAACCUGUGUCGUCGGAGCUGGCCCGAACAAGCAGCCAGGCGAGCUCGUCUGGCGUCGAUGAGGAGGAAUCCGUCGUCUUCAGCCAUGCUGGCGACUUUAGUAACGGUGUAGGCUUCGAUGACAGCUUUGGACAAGGCUUGUUUGGCAGCAUCAACAGCCCGAGCACCACCUUCUCCGACGUCAUCCUGUCUGCGAACCACUCCCUUGAGAGUAGUCCCAUCGUGAAUACUAGAUGCCCGUAUCUCAGCUUGCAGGUAGAGAGUCCCGUUUCUGGCGCUUCGUCGGCGACGGCGGCCAACACCCCGCAAUCAUCCGUACUCGGCGUCGAUGAUGCCUUUUCCGACAUUGGCUUUGCUCCCGCCGAUACGCCAAGAAGCGUCCCGGGCCCGCAUGUCAGCGCCCUGUCGACGGGCUUGGCGAAUCAGACUUCGUUGUCAACCAGCUUGAGUCUGAGUCCCACUUCGCCCUUCUAUGAUCGUUGGGAUUCUGAUGUCGGGGAGGGGAGGGUUGACGACUUUGACCGUCUGAUGUGGGGCACUCCAUCGCUCCCCGAAGGCUUCAUCCCGUAUAACGCGAACCAGUUGGGCCCGUCGUUGGUUAUUGUUCCACCUGAUAUGCCCGACAUUCACAUGGGCGACUAUUGCGAUAGUGCGACUCCCGACCCGCCUUCACCCUCGCAGACGCAUCCCAUCGACUACUACCUUAAUGAGAUGUAUGCACCUCCUAGACUAACACAACCUCGGAGCGUCCCAAAUACAUCGGCAGCACAGAACCCUGCCGUAACCGCGGCGAGUGGCCUUCUGGUCCCGGGUAGGAGACUCAGGAGACGAUCAGACCCGGUCCGUAUGGAUGCAGUCGUCGGAGGACAGGUCCCCAGACUUCAAUCGGCAAUGAGCAGCACCACUCCUGCAUCGCAACGCAGAAGCCCCGUUCAGCGUACCACGGCUCAGUUCCUGUCUGUAUCUGGCGCUUCUCACUUCCAGAGAUUGCGCCCAUCCGAGCCACCGAGGAGGUCAGGAGUGACAGAGCCCAUGCCCAUCGUGGCCCGCCCAAGAAGGUUGAGCAACAGCAGCAGUAGCAGAUCCUCUGAUACACAAAGCCUCGUGGGCCGGCCCGGUCGGUCAGGCCCGGCUCGCGGGCGCCGCCACGGCCCGAUGGACCCCGUCUCUCGUGGACAGGCCAAGGAGACGCGGAACAAGAAGAUGGUGUGCAUUCGCUGCAAGCACUCCAAGCAAAAGUGCAAUCGAAGUGAUGAUUCCUCUCAGGGCUCUUGUACCGGAUGUGACAAACACGGCGGCUCUCAAAGGUGGCCCGGGCCCUGCGUCAGAGCCCAUUUUGAGGACCUCAUUCAAGCGGGAACGUGUAAUUACAUCUCCCAACACGCCAUCUAUCAUCCGACCCAUGACAACAAGACCCGCAUCCGCAGAGAGCUCCCCAGGCAAAUUCAAAUCGAAAAUCUCAUCCACAGGGUAAACCGCGCGCGAAGCCAUUUCGAUAUUCGCGUCCACCAAGACGGCCGCCCCAUCUAUGUCCUAGACCUCGACGCGUGCCACGAGUACCUCCACGGUCUCCGACAGCAGAUGGACGGCAGCGAGUGCAGCUUCCAGGCCUUCAUCGACCGAGAAAUCCUGCGCGUCGAUCCCAAGACAGACGACUGGGAGCGCUGCAUGACCCAGCUGACGACGUCGCGAGACGAUCCACUCGCCUUACUCUGCCUCGUCAACAACAUGCCCAGCCGCGCGGGCUUCUCCUACGUCUCCAAAAGGCAGUUCACGCCUAUGGGCACACCCGUGGAGCAAGCCCUGAACCCUGAGAGUCCGCUCGAGGCCGAGAACCUCGUCCUCGCCGCGCAGCUUUCGAAGCUCAUGUGUCGCAAGCUCGAGGUCAAGGCCUACGGGAACCUUCAGCGCCUCCUGCACGAGUCGGGGAACAUGGACGACGAUAAGGUCCUCCCGUUCUUACAGAGGCUCGGUCGGAUUCUCCUGACGCUGCGCUGGCGGUUGUCGUGGUGGGCUGUGGUACCAGGUGACGCCGCCGCCGUGUACGACCAGGCGGACGAUGAUGCGAGGAAGCAGGCUGUUCACACAAGAGUACAGUCUCUGUGCCGGAUUCUCUACUUUUACUACUGCUGCGUACGCAGGAGGUUGCCGGUGUGGACAAACGUCGAUGCGCUGAGGGGCAUUCACUCACGGUACCCGGACACCGAGGCCGAGAUUUGGGAUGAUUUUCCGGGAAACGAGAGCCUGGAAGGGUUUGAUGCGUGGAUGGAGCGAGGCACGGGGCUUAUUCGCGACGCUGGGGUGUUGAGUCGAUUGCGCGCCAUGGGGUUGACUGCGUGA